AGAGAAGUAACGGAUUGCCAUCGAAUGCUCCCAGGUGUAUCUCGACAGAAAAGUUGGGAGACUUUUUGGACAGCUAUUUUUCCGGAAACAAAAGUGAAAAUGAAGAAUACUCCAAAGGGCUCGAGUCUCUUGGGCAGCUAUCUGCCAUCGGCGACAAACAGAGAGAAGCUUUGCAGG